GGCCGUUUCGGUGGCUCCCUGAUCGGCUGAGUCGCUGAGUGAUGGAAGAAGGAUGUUGCUCGAGUUCGCCGGUGCUUUUGUGAUGGUUGGGAAUGAUUUGAACGAUUUGACCUGCUGAUUAGAAGGCGCGAGUGUCAUGAACAGACGUUGGUAAACUGAUAUUUGUACUGCUCAGGCUCCUUCACUCUACACAAGAAAAAAGAAAAGGCGAUUAGGAUUUAAUCGUUACAGCCCGUUGAAGAAUAUGGAGGUUGACGAAUCUUCCCAGCAAACAUCGCAGAUCUUGGAAAAUAGUUGUCCAAAAUCCCCAGAAGUAUGGGAAGCACCGGAUGGGACAUUCAAGAAAACCGUGGUGCAGUCAAGCAAUACAUUCAGCAAGCCCUUUCAAGAAGCCUCUUGCAACAUAAAGGUGCUGACUGACGAAGACAACAUUGUCGGUCUCGGUAGUGGAACGACCAACAAAGUUAUUGUUAUUGGAGACGUUUGCAGCGAUGUGGAGUUUAUCUUGGAGAGAUGCCUCCUAACAAUGAACGUCGGUGAGGUGUGCGAUGUUAAUUUCGACCUACCGCUGAAGACGACGGAGCCAUAUGUACCAAGGGCAGCGUACCUUUUCGAUACUUCUGAGCGCCCACAAGAAAUACCUCUCGAUAUCACAACUUCGGCGCGGGACGAGAGGACUGUUGUCCAUAUCUCCGAUGAUCAUGAAAUGAAAGGUCUCCUCCCUCCAUGCGACGACCGGAACAACGAGUCGUCUAACCAACGUGGCCAAACUUGCAAAGUACGGAUUCAGCUGGAAUCCUUCAUCCCCAAGCCUGCCAUUUUUGAGAUGAAGCUUUCGGACAAGUGGUACCACGCAUGCCAACAUAAGGACAAGGGUGUUAGUUUGUUCAGUGCCAAAGAGUACAAAUGGGCAUUCAGGCAUUUCAGUUUGGCAUUUAAGUACAUUGUUUCCCUCGAACACGACAACCCCCCGGAAGACAUGGUGAACGAACUCGGCAUAAACAGCAGAGACUUAAAACUGAAGUGUCUGUUGAACCUUGCAGCAUGUCAGUUGCAGAACAGCACAUACCAUCAUGUCGUCACAAACUGUACGCGAGCGUUGGAGAUUGAUUGUGACAACGUCAAGGCCCUCUUUCGCAGAGGUACCGCUUUCGUCCAACUGCAGGAGUAUGAGAGAGCCAAGGAAGACCUGGAGCGUGCAGCGGCAUUGGACCCCAAGAAUGCGGCUGUCCAGAAACAAAUUGUGUUGCUGAGGGAACGGACGACCAAGCUGAACAAGUACUUUGCAGCAGCCAUGAAGAAGUUGUUUGAGUGAAUCUGUGCCAACGUCUGUUCUCAUCAAUGUGUAAAACAGCCUGCCAUGUGUAUGCCUGAACUUCAAAGAAAUUUGAAAUAUACCCGUCGAGUUCAGAAAGGUUGAAUAUUAUCCAUAAAUGACAAUUGCACGUUUGCAUUUUGAUCCUGAUGGCUGCAUUUAUCAUUAUAAACGGCCCACUCUGGCAAGCGCUUGGAGAGCAGCCAGUGGAGAGAACGUCACAUCCGGCGCAAUCGUGAUAGUUCGUCUCGGGAUGAGGAAAGCUGCCACGAGGCUGACGUCAACAGGAUGCCCUAGCCGUUUCAACCACCGAAGCGGUCGAAGCAUGCCAGCGAUCGGGCCACCGCAACUAACCGCGAAUCUGCUGUUCUGUGAAUUUUGAGUGAUGGGUUAAUCUUUUGUCAUCUUGUAGAGGGAUUGAGUGGGGAGUUCCUCCCCUCUUCUCUUGUGCUGGCUGUAGAGCUGUCGGAACGACGUCAGGUUCAAAGCACGUAUAGUUCUAGGCGAGACAGUUAUCGUCACUACCUGUCAAGGUUCCUAGACGGGCAUUACAAACAAGGCUUUAGCAACAUCCACCAGGUGCUCUUUGCUAAUCACUUAAUUCCUUUUAAAAUUUCUUUUCGUGUUUAUUUUAACAAGAUAUUGGUGUGUCCGAUGUGAUACUGCUCCUAUGAACGCAUAUAGACCAAAAAGUAAGCGCCAAAAUUUUGUUGUAGUAUCCUUUUAAUGAAUCCAGUUUGUGAGCUAUCCUUCUUUUUUAAUUUUUUUCAGAGUAGGCGUAACUUUUUGGAAAUUUAGCCUAUUUGACUAUGAUCAGGAAGUGCAUAGCUUCGAGAAAAGAACCAUCAGACUGCACAUUUGGAAAGUGGUGGAUCAAGUGUGCAUGAAAGUAAAAGGCGUGCUUGCAAUAUUGGUACCUACAUUGUGUUGCUUGAAAUUUUCCAUGCCCAACAAGCUAAUUGAAUGCAGCUUCAUCACUGUAAAUGCACACUAGUUAAAAACUAUUAACCAAAGUGCCCUGUUUUCACAAUGCAGAAUCGCUGCCGCCACAUGUACACCUGCCAAGUUUCCCGUAUUACCCAGGAGGCUCCCAGAUUUUGACCAUUUCAUACAAUUGUGUGAUUGACGGGAAAAUCUCCCGGAAAACGUUAGUCAACCCCACCUUCCCCACAUUUAAACAGUUUUCACCUUCGUAACAGAUGUUAACAAUGAUAACGAGGGCCAUCUGUAUCUGGUUAGCAGGAGCAGAGCAAUAAAAAUGUAAUAAUGUUGUCUUCAUUUAAAAUCAAUCAAUAUUUCUUGUAUAAAAAAAGAAUAUCUGGAUUUGUUUUUUCCGAACUUGGCAGGUAUGCACGCGCGAUUUCAUCAAAAUACUAUGAUGCAGUAUUGGAGACUCCAGCGGAACCGAUGCCGCGUAGCGGCAACGCAAAGAAGCUCAGGAGAGGAGGUCGUUUCGACUUUGUCGUCUGCUAUCGCUGCUUGGUUCUCAUAGGCAGCAUAGAAACAUUGUUUCCAGUAAUUAUCUUUAUGCUUCUGCCAUGUCAUUCUUACGCAGACUAGAAAGUUUCUACCGUCGAAAAAUCGCUUUGCUUUUAUAUAUAACACAGAUUGUAUGCUGCAGUGCACGAAAUUAAUGGUGGUCCACGUGCUGAACGACGAAAACAACCUCCUUUCUUCCACCAUUUUGCCCGACCAGCGUGCCCUCUAGUUCGCUGGAGUCGCGAAUAUAGCUUCACUCUGCAGUUUACAACUCUAUUGAAAACUGCCUUGCUGCACAUUAUUGACUAGAUUAAACAUCACAUGUUGCACACUAUUCUUUAUAAGCUGAACAAUAUCAACUCUGUACAUGAAACAUUGAAUUGCAACUUGCACUCCGUUACAUCAGAAGCUUUGUAGAUUAACUUUGGUUUUUUACUCUACCCACCUUUAGGGAAGGAAGAUCAGAGAAUGCCUUCCCUUUAUUUCUAUUCACCCUUAGCAACACCAAGUCACAGUAGCUGACUCUUCAUGAUCGGCCAUGAGCUUGCAGAGUGUCAAUCCUAUGUGGAGAUGAAGUGUCUGCUUCUUGCACAGGAGUUUUGGUGAUGUCAGAUCGACGCCUAGCUCCGAUUGGUUUGAUUGAAGGAUAGUGAGUAGACCAGCACCGGCCCUACACCAUCAAGCGCACUGGGCAAACUCCAACCGUGGAUUGACCCCACCCCUGUCUUUUUAUACGCCCCUAGCUAUCGACAUCACGCUGUUAGUAAAUAUGUGAGCAUGGCCCAACACGAGCAUUUUGUCAGACGAGAACCGCAUUCCAGAAACGAACGGCGAUCGAGCAUAUAGCGUCUUGUCGGGCGCCAGGUUCAAAUAAAUCGGAAAAAGAAAAA